GAUGGAGUCCCGCCCCGGCCCCGCCCCUCCUCGCCCCGCGCCGCCGUUGCUCGCAGACCGAGGGGCGGCCAGCGGAGGAGGAGGGCAUGGUGCGGUCGCUCAACUCCAUCGUGGCCGUGUGUCAGAACAUGGGCAUCGGGAAGGAUGGGAGCCUGCCCUGGCCCCCGCUGAGGAAUGAGUACAAGUACUUCCAGAGAAUGACCAGCACCUCCCACGUGGAAGGCAAACAGAAUGCACUGAUAAUGGGUAAAAAAACCUGGUUCUCCAUUCCUGAGAAGAAUCGUCCUCUAAAAGACAGAAUUAAUAUAGUGCUCAGCAGGGAGCUCAAGGAAGCCCCAAAAGGAGCACAUUAUCUUUCUAAAAGCCUGGAUGAUGCCUUAGCUCUUUUGGAUUCACCAGAAUUAAAAAGUAAAGUAGACAUGGUUUGGAUUGUUGGAGGCACGUCGGUUUAUAAGGCAGCAAUGGAGAAACCCAUUAAUCAUCGACUGUUUGUGACAAGAAUUUUGCAUGAAUUUGAAAGCGACACAUUUUUUCCAGAAAUUGACUGUGAAGACUUCAAACUUCUCACGGAAUACCCAGGUGUCCCUGCUGAUAUUCAGGAAGAGAAUGGCAUAAAAUACAAAUUCGAAGUGUAUGAAAAAUGUGUCUUGGCACAAUAAAAACAAAGCUUUCUUUAGUUCUAUAUGCAACCAGGCAUUUUAAAUUAUGAAAUCUUAUUGACUGAAAGUACAUAUUACAUACAUAUUACAUCACUGUGAGAAAAUCCUACUUGACAGUACAGUACCUCAGCUGUGAGAGAUCCCAGGAAAGGCAGCCCACAUUUUGAAUCUGUACCCUGCAGUGGAAGUAUGAGCAUGGUCAGCAGAAUUUACAGCUCCCACUCUGACAGUGAGAGUCUGCAAGGAGGGAUCCUUACCUCCCUUUCAUUGCUGAUCAAUCUGAGAGCAGGAGAGGUUUUUUUUUUGGUUUUUUUUUUUUUAAUUUUAACCCCCAAAACUGUGCUGACUGUUUCCCCAAAGUAUUUUUAAAUCAUCAUCUUAUGAAACCGUUUUGUGGGAAAUUCAAGUAAUGUUGCCCUUAACUGAUGCCACUAGGUCUCCAUUCUAACAUCAGCAAGGGUUGCAGUGGACAAUUGCAAGUUGAUGCUAUUUAUGGCUGUUCUGCAGGACAUAACAUUGGCCAGUUUUCUAAGGGAAGUUUAAACCUUCAUUUUGCAUGCUUUUGAAAAGCAAUAAGCAAGCCUCAUGUAUAAGAGAAAAACACAUAAAGUAUCAGCUUUGAACACCCGCUGAAUUUCCCAUGGCAGUUCUAUGGCAGUAGACUGAUGCAAAGAAUACUUUUUGUUGUCUCAGUUUUCUCUGUGUUCCUUUUUCAGAUUUAAAAAUGUAAGUACUUUGCUAUGCUGAUCUUCUUUUUCCAUAUGUGCUUUUUACAUCAAUAAAGAUUUAAAUAUCAAUAUAA